GCAGCGUUAGGCAACGUCAUCAGCCGGUGCCUGUUCCCGGAAGGUCCCGGAUUCUCUGAGUUUGAAUUGUUUCCGGUGUCGGUCCCUCGCGCGGAGGGAACGAGCAUCUUCCGGCUGCACCAUGGCCACCGGAUUCAGCUUCGGCACCCCGGGCGCCACCACCACGACGCUGAACGCCACAGUACAGGCUGUGCCAUUCUCCUUCGGAACAAACCAGCCUGCCAGUAACACUGGUGCGACCGGGUCACCUUUUGGUGGUUUUAGUACGCCUGCAACCCCAGCAACAAGUGCAGCUGCCACGGGGGGCCCUGCAAGUAUUUUUGGAGGAAAACCUAGCACUGGAUUCACAUUAGGCGCACAAAAUCCAGCAGCUACUACAUCCUCUGCACCAGCCCCUGGAUUCAGUUUGAAUUUCAGUAAACCCGCUGGCUCUGUUACACCGUUCUCCCUGCCUGCUGCUACUACCUCAACCACCGGAUUAGCCUCCUCUCUGACGUCAGUCCCAGCAACAGGGGGAACUGGAUUUACAUUGAAUUUGGGCCCAGCCGCAACUACAGCGUCCACUGGUCUUUCACUUGGGGCUCUUCCUGGCCUGACAGGAUCACUAUUUCAAAGUACAAAUGCAUUAUCUUCAGGCCUGGGACAGAACCCACUGGGCUUGGCUGCACCCACUCCGCAGGUUACCACUAACGAAGGACUCGGCGGCAUUGACUUUAGUAGCUCCUCAGACAAAAAAAGCGAUAAAACUGGAACCAGACCCGAGGACAGUAAAGCACUUAAGGAUGAAAAUCUACCUCAAUUAAUCUGUCAGGAUGUUGACAAUUUCCAGAAGUUUGUGAAGGAGCAGAAACAGGUGCAGGAAGAAAUCAGCAGGAUGUCCUCCAAAGCCAUGCUUAAAGUACAGGAGGACCUCGAAGCCCUGAAACAGCUCCUAUCGGUUGCAUCCAGCGGGCUCCAGAGAAACACUCUGGCUAUUGACAAACUCAAAUAUGAAACUGCUCAGGAACUCAAAAAUGCUGAAAUAGCUUUGAGGACACAGAAAACUCCACCAGGCCUUCAACAUGAAAAUACAGCUCCAUCAGACUACUUUCGGACAUUGGUAGAACAGUUUGAAGUCCAAUUGCAGCAGUACAGGCAGCAAAUUGAAGAGCUUGAAAACCACCUUGCAACACAAGGCAACAGCUCACACCUCACUCCCCAAGACCUGUCCAUGGCAAUGCAGAAGCUCUACCAGACGUUUGUAGCGUUAGCCUCCCAGCUGCAGUCAAUACAUGAAAAUGUUAAGAUGCUCAAGGAACAAUAUCUUGGCUACCGGAAAGCGUUCUUGGGUGAUUCUACAGAUGUGUUCGAAGCCAGGAGGGCGGAAGUGAAGAAGUGGCAGAGCGCCCCACAAAUCACCACCGGACCCACCCCCUUCAGCAACAUAUCAAACGCAGCCGCCGUCGCAAUGGCUGCCACCUUGACCCAGCAGCAGCAGCCUGCUACAGGGCCUCGGCCUACGCUGGGAGUGGGUUUUGGAGCGCCAUUCGGCUCAGCUAUGAGUACUGCUCUGCAGCCAGCUGGCUUGGGCUCAUCAAAUCUUGGAGGCUUUGGAAGUAGUUCUGCUUUUGGAGGUAACACCACAGGCGGCGCCUCCUUUGGCUUUGGGACAGCAAGUAAACCCUCCGGAAGCCUCAGUGCAGGAUUUGGCAGUUCCUCUACGUCUGGAUUUAACUUCAGCAAUCCUGGCAUCAAUGCAUCAGCCGGCUUAACCUUCGGAGUAUCUAACCCCUCAUCUUCAGGUUUUGGGACCGGUUCACAGCUGCUACAGCUUAAGAAGCCUCCAGCUGGAAACAAGAGAGGGAAAAGAUAGACAUUUAAGUGAAAAAAAAAUCUAGUUCUUACAUUGAAAGGGUCUAUUUUUCUAAACCAGUGGAGUAAUUGUUCCCCGGGAGAUUUGUAAAGUUAUUUUCAUGUCCAAAAGCCGAUGCUGUAUCUAUGAUGUAUUCUACUUCCCGUGAUAUACAAGGGUAUUUUCUGCAAUGCCGUCUUGACAUCUGAACUCCAGAAUAGAAAAGUAACAAACAAUUGUCCUUUGAAAGGCUUCUCGUCUAAUAUUGUAUUUUUUUACUGUAUUUCCACAUUUAAAGGCGUAUUACCAAAAAUGUAUUGUCAAGAUUCAUUGCUUAAUUAUGAUGCCGUCUCCUUUUAGUACAGUAUAUUGUGCAGUACAGCUGUAGUUUAUCUUGCAAAUUUGUCUAGAAAGCCAUUAUGUAUUAUAGCAUGUAAGUUUAAUUGCAUCUUAUGGGGAUGCAGGUGUUAGGGGUCGUUGAUGGUGUUCCUCUGUCUCAGGAGAAGUUGUCUUUGACCUAAAUAGCAACGGGUCUGGGACUCGGGGUCGACAGCAAAAAGGUUGACACACCUUAGGUCGACGCCAAUUGGUCGACACACCUUAGGUCGACAUGGACACAAGGUCGACAUGAACAAGGUCGACAUGAGUUUUUUAUGUUUUUUUGGCGUCGUUUUCUUCGUAGAGUGACCGGGAACCCCAAUUAGUGCACCGCGUCCCCUCGCAGCAUGGUGCCUUCGCUCCGCUACCGCUUCGCUCUGCACAGAUUACCGUUCCAAUCGUAGUCCACGUGGAUCGUGAAGUAUGAAAAGGUUCCAAAAAAGAAAGAAAUCGUGAAAAACUCAUGUCGACCUUUUUCCAUGUUGACCUUGUUCCUGUCGACCUUUUUCCAUGUCGACCUUGUUCCUGUCGACCCUUUGUCCAUGUCGACAUUUUGUCCAUGUCGACCUAAGGUGUGUCGACCAAUUGGCAUCGACCUAAGGUGUGUCGACCUUUUUGCUGUCGACCUGGAGCCCGGAUACCAUAGCAACAAAGACCCCUCCAGGCAGUUAGAUAUACUACACUUCUUUCAAUAAAAUUAUUUACAGUUUCUUCUAUAAUUUUUAAAUGAUCUCUCUGCUGUUUGAGUGCUGACAUUUUAAUUGGCGUGCAGAAUCUCACCUACGUGCGUUUCCAAAUAUAUAGUCUUUUCUUCUAAGAUUCAGUGUAUUAGACAGUACAUUGUUUUCGACUGUGAGGUAUGUGGGACCAUGCAGCCCUGCACUGUUGACGCAGGGAAUCCCUUUAUGUUGGGAUGUUUUCAUGCACACUUUCAUUAUGUCCCCUAUUAUUUAAUCAGUAGUUGUCCCCUGGAAUAAACACACCGUGUAAGAAAAGUACUUCUAGGUUUCUAGAGAUUUAUAUUUUUGUGCAGUUUUGCAGUCCUAUUAGUCAGUACUGGAGGUAAAGAGAAAGUAGAUCUUAUCCUGUCUUAAGGGCCGUAUUGACGGCCCGGUUUGGGGAGAGAUGUGUGCUGAGCGAACCGCUCAGCAAACAUCUCUCCCCCCGCUCAGGCUAAUCUAGCACCAGCGAUGCGCAUCGCUAUCGCUGUGGGGGUACAUACGGAGCGAUCAUUGCUUAGAAUCUAAGCAAUCUAGUCAGAUUGCUUAGAUUUUAAGCAGCGAUCGCUCCGUGAGUACCUCCCUUUACGGUAACUCUUGCCUUUGCUUUCCGUCCAUGUAACACAACCAUGCACAACAGUCUAUUGUACAGUUCAUCUGCAGAUAACCCCAUCCGUGUAAAGGACACUGCUUGUCUGUGGUGGAUUUGUUUUCAGGGGGAACGAUGGUCUCUUUUGUUUCCUUUUUUUUUUUUUUAUUAUUUUGUUUCUGUUGUGUUUCUGUUUUCUUAACAAUAGAGGGGUUUGUAUUUCUUUCACCGUGUUAUCAGUGUAGAAUCUGAGGCACCUUUUAAUUGUACUUCAUAUGCACUGGGCACUAUUUUGAAGAGGGUUCCGCCUCAGGAGCAGAACAAGGUUUUCUCCUGUGUAUCGAUCUAUAUGUAAAGUAGGGUUGGUCAUCAAGGGUUUAGCAGCCAUCAGUUGUCUGGUUUUGAAUUUUUUCACCAUCGGUGUCCGGCUACCUGUGGUAAAAUAUCAAUGGCUGUCCCGAUAGCGACCUCUUGGUGCAGCAUGCAUGGGCGCCAGCUGCAAAUGCUCACAAGCAGUCUAUGGUCAACCCUAAUGUAAAGAAAGAGGCAAUAAGAAAUGUACAUAAAAAUCUGUUUUAUUCUUACCAUAAAAUGCCAGUGGAACUUGCUUGAUCUAGCAUUCCCACCAUAUACACCAACCUUUACCUGUACUCAGACAUGUGACAACUCUCAUAAACAACAAUAACAAAAAGAUAACCCUAAAUUAAUAACAAAGUUAAUAUCGUCUCAGAAUUCCUCAUUUUAAAAAAGGAACUAUGUAGAAAACAUCAUAACAGCAAUUCAUAAUGCAACUAAAGGUGGAUCCACUUUUUAUAGCUACACUUCAAAAUUCAUGUUAUAUUUCAUAGAAAUGUGUAGAUGAAUAAGGGUUCCGGUAUGAAUGGUCGACCAUGUUAUGGUCGACAGUCAUUAGGUCGACCACUGUUGGUCGACAUUUGCAUGGUCGACAUGGACAAAUGAUCGACACGUAAAAAGGUCGACAUGCUUUUUUUAACUUUUUUUAUGUCGUUUUCUGCGUAAAGUGACAGGGAACCCCAAUUAGUGCACCGCGUCCCCUUGCAUGGCUCACUUCGCUCGCCAUGCUUCGGGCAAGGUGCCUCGCUCCGCUACCGAUUACCGUUCCCAAUCGUAGUCCACGUGGAUCGUAAAGUAUAGAAAAGUUCCCCAAAAGAAAAAAAAAAUGUGAAAAACUCAUAUCGACCUUUUCAUGUGGCGACCAUGUGUCCAUGUCAAUGUUGACCAAUAGUGGUCAACCUACUUAAUGUCGACCAUAUCCAAACGGAUACCAUGAAUAAGAUGUACAUUACCUAACCUCUCCAGGAACCAUUAGCAAAAGUCCCAUAGAAAUAGAUUCUACAUCAAACUUCUGUUUACGGUCUGUAACUACUUUUGUAUUUUGGAUAUUUUCAUCUCAUUCAGUCGUUUAUGAAUUCGUAGAGUACUGUUUUGCCUUUGUUUAAGGGAGGGGUUUACAUGCUGUCCUAUCUGUUUCCAUGGUCAGAAUAGAACCUAUAAUUUUAUCUUCAUAGUUCUUUUGUUUACUUUUUCAACAUUGGAGUUAAUCUUGCUCUUUGUUUCUCCCCAGAGGUUGCUACAAUGGUCCAUUAGCUAUUUAAUUUACUACUUUUUUUUUUUUUCCCCCUCAAUCUUUUACCUGUGGUGUUUGAUCUAACAGAUUAUAUAUUUCCAUUUUUGCAAUACAAAGUUCAGUUUAAUUACUUCUAGACUGUUGUGUGUCUCAGUUGUGCCAGUUGUCUAGACACAGAUGAAGCAGUGACUGGUACGUUUUAGUUGUGUGGUGUUGUCUUUUAACUGCUCACUGCAAAAAAAAAAAAAAAAUUUGUACAUUGAUUAAUUGCCGCCUUAUAUUUUCUGUCUAUAAAUGUUUGUGUAUUGUUUUUGUAUUAAACUGGUAAGGAUAAUUCUGACUGCAUGUAUUCAUGAUAGUGUAUGUAUAUAUGACUGUAUAUGUACUGCAUACAGAAUGUGUAUAUAAAAAGUUGUGUACUUGU